UCCUUUCCUACCGUGCACACCUCAAUUAGCUCUCUAAGUUUGUGUACAGCAGAUAUAAUAAGGAGUGUAUUUGAUUGGUAAAUUAAAACCCAACUCACGGCGAAGAAACAAUAUUUUCCAUUGUACGUUCAAACAUUGAUAACGAAGAUAAGACAAUAAAAAUAGUCAAACCAAUAUUUCGCUAUCAGUUCUUCUCAUCGACUGUCGGCGAACGGAUCUCGAAUUCUAUCAAAGUUAGAAUACGGCAAACAAUCUAAAGUGAAUCGAAAUGGCAUCGCAAAAACUGAACAAUGUCUCGCCAAUGUUUAAUGAAGCCAUACUGAAUGAUAUCAUUCGUGAUUACGGUGGUCACAAUUUUACUUCAUGGCACUUCGAGAAUAGCGAAUUUGGCAAAGGCGAUUCCUAUCUCAGCGAGGUCUAUCGGUUGCGCGUGGUGGACGAGACUACGCGAGAAGCCGAAGGCGACAAACCGCUUGAGGUUAAGCUGGUGGUCAAAACCAUACCGAAAAAUGUAGCCCGAAGGUUAACAUUCCGGUCGGCGGACUUUUUCCGUAAUGAAAUCAACUUCUACAACAUCGUCAUGAGUGAGUUCAACAAGUUUCAACAGGAGAAGCACCUGGCGAAACCAUUCGACGAGACGAGCAAAUGUUUGGCAGCGUACACGGAUGGAAUCAAUGAUUUCGUUGCAAUGGAAGAUCUCAAUCAAUUCGGUUAUGAAUCUGCAUCCAGACAAAAAGGCGUGGGUCUACCAGAAUGCAUUUUAUGCAUGCAAACUCUCGGUCGUUUCCAUGCACUAUCGCUGGCAAUGAAAGAUCAGCAACCAGACAAAUUUCAUUUCUUAGUUAAGAACAUUGAAGACACCUACUAUGCUAAAGAGCAUAAACCCUGGUAUAACAACUUCUUAAAGGGGUUGAUCAGCAUCGCUAAGCAUGCCGUAGCUCAAGAUUACGGUGGUACGGAGUUAGAGGAGAAAAUGAACAAGUUUUUCAACUGCGAUUUCUAUGACAAAAUGGUGUUUUGGACGCAUACACGAAAUCAAAAUUCCGUGAUCAACCACGGAGACUGCUGGAUGCCGAACUUUCUAUUCCGUUACGAUGAUAAAGGGGUCCCAACAUCUAGCAAAAUGAUAGACUUCCAGUUGGCACGUUACUCCUCUCCAGCACUGGACAUUUCAUUUUUCGUUUACUCGUGCACCAACCAGGAGCUUCGUGAAGCUCACUACGAAGAUUUGCUGAUCGCGUACCAUCAAAGUUUAUCCAACCAACUUCGAGAGUUAGGAUCGAAUCCGGAUGAACUGUUCCCUUACUCGGAACUGCAGAAAGAAUUACAUGAAUUUGCACGAUUUGGUGUUGGCAUGGGAAUUGAGUCUAUUCCAUUCUCACUACUGGAAGAACAUGAAGUUGCCGAUUUGGAUCAGAUCCAAGGAGAAACCGCAGUACAAAUUGAAAAUGUUUGGUCCUUAAAAAAUAUAAAAACCGCAGAAGGAAGACGUCGGCUGACAGAUAUGAUGAAACAUGCAAUUUCUUGUGGAUAUUUAGAUUAGAGGACAGCACGAACAAAUGCAAAUGAUAAUUGAAAAGUAUUGCCUGAAUGUUAAGUACUACCUAGAAAUAGAAAAAAAUAAAAAUGUAAAAAACAAUAAAAGAAAAUUUUGGAACUAUUUAGUACUGA